GGGAAGUAGGCUUGAAGAAUAAACUCACCAUUUAUGAAGAAGGAAACACUGACCUGAUAGAAACUGAACUCUCAAUAGCAGGUGUGGAAUUGCUAGAGUUCUGGAGAAGAUGCUGGUGCUCAACUGUUCUACCAAAUUACUGAUCCUGGAAAAAAUGUUGAAGAGUUACUUCCCUGAAUCACUCAAGGUUUAUGGAGCAGUGAUGAACAUGAAUCGUGGGAAUCCCUUUCAGAAGGAGGUGGUGGUGGAUUCAUGGCCAGACUUCAAAGCUGUUAUCACCCGGCGACAGAAAGAGGCUGAGACAGAUAGCCUGGACCAUUAUUCUAAUGCCUAUGCUGUAUUCUACAAGGAUGUCAGGGCUUACCAACGCCUGUUGGAAGAACACAAUGUUAUCAACUGGGAUCAAGUUCUUCAAAUACAAGGGCUGCAGAGUGAGUUACAUGAUGUUUCCAAAGCUGUUGCCAACUCAAAGCAGUUAGGUGUAAAGUUAACUUCCUUCAAGGCUGUUCAAUUUUUCCCUCAUCCGCUUCUGACAGACACCAGUUCUCUAAAGGGCUCUGCCCCACGACUAACUUACCUGAGUGUUGCUGAUGCUGAUCUACUCAACCGGACUUGGUCUAGGGGCGGCAAUGAACAGUGUCUCCGGUAUAUCACAAAACUCAUCUCUUGCUUCCCCAGUGUAUGUGUCCGGGAUGACAAGGGAAACCCGGUCUCUUGGUCUCUUACAGACCAGUUUGCCACCAUGUGCCAUGGCUAUACCCUGCCAGAGCAUCGCAGGAAAGGUUACAGCACGCUGGUGGCCCUCACACUGGCCAGGAAGUUGCAAAGCCGGGGAUUCCCCUGUCAGGGCAACGUCCUAGAUGACAACACAGCAUCCAUAAGCCUCCUGAAGAAUCUCCAGGCUGAGUUCUUGCCCUGUCGCUUUCAUAGGCUUAUUCUCACCCCUGCAGCUUUCUCUGGCUAAGUUUACC